GCACCCGGCUGAUCCAGAUAUAUUUGAACAUCCACACAAGUCUCAGUCCCCGAGGAGGCAGUGCCGUGAGUGUUAGGGACGAGCCUGUUUGGAGGCACCCACAGUGAAGGAGCUGAUAGAGAGAGAGAGAAUAUCAGACUAAAUCAGAAGAAAAAAAUAGUGAUCGAAGUCUUGAAAACAGUGAAUUACCGAACCGUGUGACGUGAAGCCUCGAGACCGCAUCAUGAAGCCGCGACACUGACACACUCAAACUGUACGGUGGAGCACGAAUUCGGAGGUCGCCCUUGAACCAUAAACACCCUUGGAAUCCGACCCCAAACCUACGCAAAAGGAAAACAUACCAAAAAACAACAACGAGAAGAAAACGAGAAUGCGUGUGAGUCGAAACGCAAAAAGCGACUCGGGAGGAUGUUUCGGAGCUUCGGAGGCGUCGCAGCGGAGGUUGAACGGUGACCUUGGGAUGAAGACGCAAGAAGAAGAGGAGGAGGAGAAGGUGGUGAUGGUGGUGGUGCGGGGGCGUGGCGGGUCGUGCUGGAGGUCGGUGGUGGUGACGGCGGUGUUCGUGGUGUUGGCAUGCAUCACCGGAAGUGCUGAGGGGCAGUGUGACGGCUCCCCGCUCUACCUGGCCCCCGAGAACAGUUCCCUGCAUGUCGCCUUCCCCGAGGUGAACUGGGAUGCCCACAGCGGGACAUGGAGCCCCUACCAGUACUACCCCACGUCGGUGCACUGUACGUGGGUGGUGCGUUCCCCGGCUGCCCAUGUCCUCGUCGCCAUGUUCGUCCAGUUCGACACGGAGCAAGAUUAUGAUUUCGUGACCAUCUACGGCUCCGAGGCGCGGACGGAACAGCUGCUCCGAGUGUCCGGGGAUCUGACGGGAGACUGGCUGGUCACCUCGCCGGAGGACACCCUCGUCAUAGACUUUGUCAGCGACGAGUUCACCACCUACUCCGGCUUCCAACUGGCCUACCGCUACGAGCCCAGAGCAUGUGUGGACGGCGGCGUGACGGUGACGGAGGCCCAGCUCAUUGCCCUGCCCACCCUCAACUUGCGUGGGGUGCUCCCGGGUCCAGGCGGGGUCGAUGCUGCACUCACCCCCGCCGCCAAGAGCAAGCCCAAGAAUCUGCAGGCGGAAGUUCCCAAGGGCGGGGCGAGGUGGCAGGUUCGGGAUGGCGGAUCGUGGGUCGCCCGCGCGCAGUACCCCAUCUGGGUGAACUGCACUUGGCGUGUGGCCGUGUCCCAGAGGCAGGUGGUGGAGCUGGAGGUGCUGCGCUUCAACACUCCGGAGAGGGACUUGCUGAAGGUGUGGGAGGUCGGUGUCGGGGGAGCCAGGCCGCUGCUUCAACACGGCGGAGGAGACGUGCCCCAGCGCCGCUCCUUCCGGUCCUCACGCCCUCUCCUCAUCACCUUCCUGGCCCAGUCUGGCGAGGGGGGCGUUGGCUUCCUGCUGGACCUAACCUACAUCACCAGGGCAUGUGACCCCCCGGUUCAGGUGUUGGGGGCCCCUCGUGGCUUAGUCGGGUACCCCCACUAUAACCUGCUGCUUGGGGACGGCCGGAACCAGCAGGGGAGUCUAGGAAAACCGGCAUGGCGUACUGAAGAGCGACAGGAGGAGCAAGGACGCAGGGACAGCGGAGGGGCGGUGCACUAUGGUCCGGACUCCUGUAAGUGGGUCAUACGUGCCCCCGCCGGCUACACCUUGAACCUGACCGUGCUGCAUCUGGACACACGCCCCCAGGACCCCAUCAAGGUGGUGGAGGGCGACGCACUGGUCUUCGCCCUCAGAGGAAGUGUGGCCACCAAGAAGAGCUUCGUCUCACAGGGCUCCGAAGUGACCCUCAAGUUCGACCCCGAGGAGGAUACCGAUAACACUGGCUUCCUCCUGCAGUACUCUUGGCUCCUGGAGAAGUGUGGCGGGGAGGUCAAGGUCGAGGGGUCAGAUCAGAUCAAGUCACCGUUCUACCCCGACACGUACGGCCCCAACGUGACCUGCCAGUGGAAGUUGACCCCGCCGCCUGGCCACCUGUUGCACCUGCUAAUUACGAGGCUGAAGCUUGACGCCGGUGACUCCCUACAGGUGACGGACGGCGACAAGGACUUGAAGGUGACAUGGGACCCGAGUAGCCCAGCGAGUCGCCUCCUGGAGCUGCGUCCCGACCCCUCCGUCAGCCUCUUCUUCAGUAGUGACUCGCAGCGCAACGACGGGUACUUCCUCAUCAAGUACGCCGCCUUCACCCUCGGCAGCUGCGGGUUCGAUUUGUCUCCCUGCGGAUGGACCACGAUGGACCCCCUUCAAGCCUGGGCCUUCCACCCUUCCCAGGGCAUGAUGGUAGUGACUGAGAACUCCCCCGCAGGACUCCAGCUGCCACGAGGGUACAGAGCCAUCCUGGUCUCCCCUUGGGUCACGCCGCUCGCUGGCACUCCCAGCACCACCACCGACGAUGACCUUGAACACGUGUGCCUGAAGUUUGACUACCUGAUGGAGGGCCCCGAUACCUUCCUCCUGUCGGCGUGGCUGGUGCAGAAGGACAGUGACCAACGCGAAGUCCUCAGCCCCUCGCCCCUCGCCUAUGUCUACGGGCCCCACGGCAACCGAUCCCUCACCGCCGCCGUCAAUUUCACCGUCCCUGACACCGCCACCUUCAGGGUGCUGAUGAGGUACGAGCGUGGCUACGGCCCUGACUACCGUGCGGGCGUGGGCGGCGUGUGGGUGGGGCGCGGGCGGCAGUGCGGGCGGGAUCUGGACCAUCUGCGGGCCACCAGCUGUAACUUCACGAAGGACCUCUGCGGAUGGACCAACACACACACAGACCACACCAACUGGCUGGUGACUGAACACGGGGUUGAAGCUGUGGUCCACGGUGGCAGCGCGGACGGUGAGCAGCAGUGGGCCGACCUUACCUCCCCUGUGGUACCUCGGGGUGAACUGCGGCAGAAGGAGGAGCAGGAGAAGGAGGGGGAGGAGGGGAAGGGAGGAGCAACGUGCCUCAACCUCCUGUACCGCAUGUUCUCCGGCAACACUGAGCUCCGGGUUGUCCUGCGUCGCCUGUCUGCUGCCGGGGCCGAGGGAGCGCAGGAGGAGGAGGUGCUGUGGAGCCAGGGCCGCGUCGAGAGUCCAGGUGUGCUCCAGGCCCUCGUUAACUUGCCCCAGGUGCUCCCUAGUCAGUACCAGCUCGUUCUGCGGGCGGUCGGCGUGAGCAGGGCUGGCGACGGAGGAGCGGGCGGGGGCGUGGCAGUGCAGGCGGCGAGGCUGGAGGCUGGUCGGUGUUCUGGAGGCGCCUCGUGUUCAUUCGACCGUGGAUUCUGCUCGUGGAAGGUCUCGUACACCGGCGGGACCGUGUGGUACAUCAAGCCCCACCAGGGUACGUAUGGUUUGCCCCACGCCACGCCAUACCAUACAUCUCUCCUGCUCUCUGACUCCUGCCUCAUCAGCGAGACAGUCCCCUCGUCAGCCCACGCGCGAGCCUUCACCUUCAGGUACAAGGUGACGGGGACGAGCAGGUGCCUUUCCGUGCUUCAGCGUGUCGUGUCUGACCGAGGCACUGUAACGACCACCAACACCACCACCACCACCAUCUGGAGCCAGUGUCGAGGCAAGGGGGACCACUGGCUGUACGAAUGUGUGACCCUCCCUCCAUCAGCGCUGCCCUACGAGGUGGUGCUGAAGGCGACCGCUGACGAGGAUUCCACCGAAGUUUGGAUCGACGACGUUCAGUUGUCAUCCGGGACCUGCAACUCCACCCUGCCGCAGGACACUCUAGGUUCAGGCGUCUAUGGCAAUGGGUUUGGAUCCUACUCACCUCUGAACUCCCUCACACUCUCCUCCGGGCUCGACACCCCCAGCUUCACCCCUGGUCUGAGUGGGCCCCCGCAAUGGAGGUGUGAGCCCCGGGGGUCCCUGUGUGGUAUGACCCAGCCGAGCACGGGACUGAGGGACUGGGUGUACGUGGAGGCGACGCGGCCAGGCCAACACUUCAACGCCAGCUCCACCCCCCCCACCCCCCCGGCCCCCACCACCACCACCACCACCACCAGACCAGGCGCCUCCCAGCAGUCCGGCCACCUCGCCUGCAGGGACGGUAGCCCCCUGCAGGAGGAGUGGUUCUGCGACGGCGUGGAGGACUGUCCCGACCGCAGCGAUGAAGAGGACUGCGAGUGCGUGAAGGAGCCUGGCCAGAAGACUUGUGGGGCGCCCUCUUCGACCCCCGACCUGAACCUGGGCUCCGGUGUGUGUGCCCUCGACGCCUUCAAAUGCCCCACAGGUCGCGCGUGUCCUCCUCGCGGGUGUGAGGCGGGCGCUGGUCCGUGCCUCCCGCGGGCGUGGCUGUGUGACGGCGUGGAGCACUGCGUGGGCGGCGAGGACGAGGCCGCCUGCGUGGGGGUGAGCAGACCCGCCCCCCGCGAGACAGCAAACGAGGUGGUAGAGCCCCGAUCUGUGCCAACGGCGAUAGAUGUGGCGGCGGCGGCGGCGGCGGCUGCGGCCAGAGCUGCGAUGAAGACGAGCCCGGAAAUAUCAACCUCUGAAGCUGCGGCGGCGGCGGUGGUGGCGGCGGCGGUGGCGGCGGCGGCGACGAAGGUGAUGGAGUGUUCUGGCGGGCUGUUGGUGCCGCAGGCGUGGCGGUGUGACGGGCGCAAGGACUGUCCCCUCGACGGCCUGGACGAGGUGGGAUGUGCGUACUGCAGCACCGGGGAGUUCAUUUGCCCUCACUCCGGCGUGUGUGUGCCGCGGGGCCAAGUGUGUGACGGGGCCGCCUCCAUCUCCUCCUGCAGUGACGAGCUCUUCUGCGAGGCCUGCCCACCUGCUCACUUCGCCUGCGACGUGUGUGUGCCCAGCUGGCAGAUUUGCGACGGCGUGUGGAACUGCGAGAACGGCGAGGACGAGAGGAAGUGCACAGGUUUGGGCGUGGGCUUGGGCAUGGUGGAGGCGGGUAUGAGGGUAGCGAGGAAGUGUGAGGCCCCGGAACCCUACCGCUGCCCCUCGGGACUCUGCCUGCCCGAGUCUGCCCUGUGUGACCGCCACCUCGACUGUCCCGACGGUGAUGAUGAGAAGCACUGCCUGGAUGAUAAUUUUGACGUGCCGCGCUACCUCUCCGUCAGCGUGCCACCUUUGUCGCGGGGGCAGUUCGGUGGUACCCCCAGCCGCCUCGUCACGCCCCCACUGGAGCAGCCGGAGGGCAUGGCAGGUGUGCUGGCCUUCAGGUACCGGCUGGACGCGUGGACGGGACCCUCCAACCUGACCCUCACCGUGGAGGUCGUGGACGCCGAGGACUCUUCUGAGGGCGUGCGGGCGUGGGCGUUGUGGCGGCAGAGCGGACACAAAGGACGCGAGUGGCUGACGGAGAAUGUGCUGGUGCCGCCGAUGCCUGGGGUGACCAAGUACAAGUUGGCCUUCCUCCUGACUGACCACCACCACCAUCACUACUACGACUCCCAGCAAGUACACCUGUCUCACCUGUCCUUCAGAGCCACCCAGCCCCGCGCUCUCAACCCCCUAGGCGCCGAGAUGCUGAGCUGUGAGUUCGCGGACAGUCUCUGCGGGUGGUCACAACCGAGCGUUCAUCACGGCUACUCCUGGGUGUACGCCCGCGCCUCGCCCCACACCCGCCGCACAGGACCCAUCACAGGUUACCCAGGAGAAGGUGACUCUGGCUUCGUUUUCGCUGACUCCCUCUACGGAUCUGAGGGCAGCACCGCCGACCUGAUGAGCCCCCCGCUGAUGCUGCCCGACGCUCCCGAGAAGUCCAUUUGCUUCGGGUUCGCGCUGUUCUUGUACGGCUCCCAGGUGUCGCAGGUAUCAGUGCUCGCCCUCCAGCACCUGCCCAGCGGCAUGCACUCCACGCAGCUCUACGAGGUGGCGGGUGGGCGCGGCCUGAGCUGGGUGUCGGUGAGCGUCACCGUGCGGCCCGAGCACCUGGAGGACGUGUCCCUGCCGCUGGUGCUGGCGGUGCGGGCGCGUCGAGGGGCGGGGCCUGAGGGAGACAUCGCCCUGGACCACCUAAGUGUGCUGGCCGGGCCCUGCCACCUCCACCCCUCCCUCCAGCCCAACAUCACCCUGCACCCCACUCUCGCCCACCCCGACGCCCUUGCUCUCACCGCCGGCCCCACCCUCACGCCCCUCCCAGCUCGUGACCCGCCCGACGAUCCUGAACACCCCUUGGAGGACUCCUGCUCCGGCCGCGACACCUGCAGCAGCUGUGUGUCAGGGCAGGGCGCUGGCGUGCAGGCGUGUACUUGGUGUGACCUGACGCUGCGGUGUGUGGGCAGCCGCUCGCCCGCCGCCGCCGCCUGCCCGCUCCACCUGGCCGUCCACCACAACACUUCGGAAGCCGAGGAGCGCCGUGGGCCGGGUUGGUGUCCUCAGCUCACGCCGCAGCAGAACACGCGGGUGCUGGUGGCCGCCGGCUCCUCCCCCGUCCUCAGCUUCAGCGUCACCAACAUACAGGCCACACAGACAGACAGCUCCUGGUCUUGCGUCUUCGAGUCAACAGAAGAAGACGAGGAAGAGGAGGAGGGGAAGAGGGAAGAGGAGGAAGAGGCCAAAACACAGCUUGAAGGACAGGGUAAAGGAAGACCGGUGGAGGGAAACGAGGAUACGGAAGAGGAGAGGAAACAAACAGAGGAGGAGGAAAAUACAGUGGACGGAGGCGAGAGCGAGUUUGAUUUCAAGAGGAAGCGGAGGGAAGAGAAAAAGAGUGCGGAGGAGGUGAAGAAAGUGACCAAGGAAUCGCUGAGGUUACCCGGCUUCUUCCAGGGGCGCGUGUUUACCGUGGGAGGACCGUCGGGCGUGGGCGUGGGGGUACGGGAGGGCGUAGGUGUGGGCGUGAUUCGGUGUGGGGACGGCGUGAGUGAGCUGCGUCCCGCCCAGCCACGCCCGCGCGCCCUCUACGCCGUGAAGCUUCUCUCUCCAGCCGGGGCAACCAUCGACAACCUGGCCCGUGUGGAAUUGGAGAUGUACUCGUGUGGCCAGCUCUCGUCUUCCUCCUGCCCCAGCUGCGUCGCCGUCAACGCCUCUUACACGUGCGGGUGGUGUGUGGUGGCCCAGUCCUGCACCAUCCACGCCCACUGCCCCGGAGCCUCCUGGGUGGGGCACGGGCGAUCCUGCGACCUGGAGGAACAGCGGAAGACCCAGGGGGAAGACGCUGGUGGGCUGGGUAUGGUGGGUGAAGAGCUCCUUGGCCUUGGGGAGCCUCUGCAUCACCUCGGGGAGAACGCCAAGAGUGACCUAGACUUGGACUUGGCGGGGGGCUUGCUGGGAGGAGCCGACCAGCCCUCCCUCACCCGCGACGACGAGGAGGAGGACGAGGAGGAGACCAAGACCAGUGAGAGGAGGCGAGGCAACAAGCGGAAGAAGGCGCAGGAGGUGAAGAGUGGCGGCAGCGAGGCGGAGGAGGAGGCGGAGGAGGAGGGAGAGGACGGCGAGGAGGAGGAAGGCGAAGGAAACACUGUUGAUGACCUGCUAAGUGACCCCGGACCGAGGAAAGGCCGCGGCAAGAAGAGGGGAGGCCGCAAGUCGCUGAAGGGCAAACUGAAGGUCACGGGCAGAGGGCGAUCCUUCCUACGUCUCCCGCAGCAUCCAGGACUCUACGUAGCAAGGGACACGUGGCGACUACACACGGGGCGUCAGUACUACAUCCCCGUGAGCAGGAAGACGCUCGUUAACCUGGGCUUCGUGAGGCAGGUGACCUUCGGCAGCCUGGCGCAGGAGAAGACCAGGACCGUCCUCAUCAACGGCACCUGGAAGAAAGCGGCAGGCUACUACGUGGACCUGUACGAGAAAGUGGACAACCCGCCCGUAACCUCCCUCAUUACCACCAGCAGGAGCGUCUUCGAGCAGCUGAUGGCGCAGCUCUCCACGGAACAGUAGCGACGGGGGUGGAUGGGAGGAAGGGGUGGAAGAAGAAGGAGGGGAAUGGAGGAUGAAUGGAAGAGAGGAAAGGGACUGAUGGAUGGGUGGAGAGAAAGAAUGGAAGAAGGGGAGAGGAAUGAAGGAUGGAGAGAGAGAGAGAGAGAGAGAGAGAGAGAGAGAGAGAGAGAGAGAGAGAGAGAGAGAGAGAGAGAGAGAGAGAGAGAGAGAGAGAGAGAGAGACAGACAGACAGACAGACAGACAGACAGACAGACAGACAGAGACACACAGAGACACACAGAGACAGAGACAGAGAGAGAGAGAGAGAGAGAGAGAGAGAGAGAGAGAGAGAGAGAGAGAGAGAGAGAGAGAGAGAGAGAGAGAGAGAGAGAGAGAGAGAGAGAGAGAGAGAGAUUGUCCCCACCCUAUUCCCUUCCCGUCAAAGCGAAUCCACAAGAGGUACUUUUUAUAAGCCUUUCAGUUCUUCCUCACAUGUAUAGUCACGUAGGUUUAGCUUGCACGGAAUUGCUGACUCCACUAUGUUGUCUACGUGCGCAAGGAACACUGUAGAAGUAGGUGGUAGUGUAGUGGCGUUGACUGCAAUUGUGUUAUCUUUAGUGAAGUAGUUUUAACGUAGCCUGUAUAGCGGUUCCAUGUGUCAUCCGCGUGGUGGCUGCUUAUGUACCCAAUCUCGUACGUCAUUAAACUACUUUCUUGUCCUCUCUUUUCUGUAAAUAGUCGUGAAGGUGAGGGUGUUUGGCAGGGCUGGGAGGAGGAGGACGCGUGGAUAGCGGACAAGAACUGGUAGACUUGUAUAGUUAGUGUUUAUUGACCAAAGGAAGACCUGGAAGCGUGUGAAAACCCUUCUGUACUGUGGUCUGAUUUCCCAUUGCACCGAUCCCGCUCCCACCCUGUCCGUGCACUUCAUCUCGGGUUCGUUCAGUGCGUCUAUGAAUAAAGUGUGCAUGAGGACCUCUUGAUGCUGUGCUUCCUCCCAUCACAUUCACGACAUACUAAUACGACGUUUGAAAAUAUCCGACGCAAGGCACAAAUUUUAAUAACGGGAGUGAAAACUAACUUACAUAAACAGGGGGUCGUCAUGGCGCUUCUGGUCGUGUUAGUGGUCGUUGGGGCUGUACUGGUCGUCGUGGUCGUGGUUGCGCUGCUGGUCGUGUUAGUGGUCGUUGUGGGUGUGCUGGUCGUUGCCGUGGUCGUUCUGGUUGUUCAGGUUGUGGUGAUACCCAGUCUAUGCUUCCAAUAAUAAUAAUAAUCAGUAUUUUCCGGAUG